AUGCCGAUAAUAAGUAAGGCAGAUCGAAGUCGAGAUGAAGCAAGUACAGAAAUAGAGCAUAUCGAUCGUGGAAUACAUUCAUUCCAGGAAAUUUCUCACAUAUUCAACAAUAUGGCAUUGAGAAGAUUGAUUUUGAGUCACAACAGAAUUUCAUCCGUACCACCAAAUAUCGCGGAUUUGGUCAAUUUAGAGAGUUUGAAUUUAUGGAACAAUCAAAUCGAAGAUUUGCCGACAUCAAUAUCGUCGUUGAAUAAAUUGCGAAUUCUUAACUUGGGGAUGAACCGGCUGAAUAUAUUGCCAAGAGGUUUCGGGUCAUUUCAAGCGUUGGAAAUAUUGGAUCUAACUUAUAAUAAUUUGAAUGAACGCAGUUUGCCGGGAAAUUUCUUUUUUAUGCCAACACUACGUGCCCUAUAUUUGGGUGACAAUGAUUUUGAAUAUUUACCCGCUGAUAUUGAAAAUCUUUCGAGUUUGCAAGUUUUGGUGUUACGUGAAAACGAUUUACUCGCUUUGCCGAAAGAAAUUGGUAAACUUUAUCGCUUGAAAGAACUUCAUAUUCAGGGAAAUCGUUUGACCGUUUUGCCACCGGAAAUCGCUGGAUUGGAUCUUGUUGGUCCGAAGCGAGUUCUGCGACUUGAGAAUAAUCCCUGGGUACAAUCACUGGCAGAGCCAUUAACCAAAGAAAUUUUGUCCAGUGAGACCAUUGUCGGUAUUGAUGUGUAUGAAGUAAUUUUUACAGGUCCACUUGCUUUAAUGGAAUACCUUCGGUCGGAUUCGUAUAAAUAUCAAUAUGGACGCCAAGAAUCGGGAACCGGUGUAGCACCACCAAAAACUCGAAAUAAGGAUAAAAAGAUUAGUAGGCAAAAAGUGAAACAAGGAUGUUAA